AUGAACAGCGACUCGGAUCAUUCAACCCGAAGUAUUGCAAGUAUUCACGGAUUUCGAGACGGCGCGCAUUACAAAUCACAGUAUGGAUGCCUUGCAUUCGAAGAACCUUCAUUAAAUGAAUAUCCGCUAAAAACAUAUCUACCUCAAGAAUCUCCUACUCUGAAUCCUCUUUUGGCUAUUGCUAGUCACCAGUGGUUUGAUCGACUGUUCAACACGGGUUCAUCAACUCAAACUAGUAACAGAUCCAGCCACGAUCGACGAUACUCACUUGCCAGUCAGUCAUCAGAGUUGAGUCGGUUUUCAGAGAAGCCGGAAUAUGAUACUUCAGAAGACAAUGGGAACGCACAAGCGGUAGUGGCUUCCAAAAGCAUUGAUAAGCGUGCAGGUCGAGGUUCAACUGAAUACAAAAUACCAUUCCUACAUAUGUCUGAGACAGAGACGCGUAAUUACGCAACGAACCACGUGAAUUUUUCAUCUGGUGAUAUAGAACUGGACGAUCGACAGAUGUGUCCGCUGGAUUCAUUUCCUGGUAAACUGAGAGUGUCCAACAAAUCUGAGAUGUGUGACCCCAAUACUUUGUUCAUCAAGUCAACUUCGGAACAAUUUUCACGGAAUCCAUUUAAUGAAACGCUUGGUGAAAGUGGUGUCCCAUCGGAGGAUCACACAAGUACCACGUUCAAAUCUUUACCAGCUUCUAGUGCUCUAGUGCCCGAGUUUGCACAGAAAAUAACAGUUUCCUAUUCAUCGCAUCCUGAUAUAGAGGGCAAUACUCGCAACAUUCAUCCUACAUUUCACGAAGUUGACUGCCCUGAAACUGAAUUUGUUGGCACUUCAACAGCAAAUUGCACAGUAGUUCAAAAGUCACCUGAUGUACAAUCUAGUAGCGGACCACCCAUCGCUUCUACCGUGGGUCAUUCGAUGAUGGAUUCCGUACGAACCUCGGAUCGNCUCGGAUCGCAAAAUCGAUGGGGAACCAAUGUGUUCUCCCAGGCAACCUAA